UAUAUUAUUGAACUUUGCUACAACAUAAUCUCUUCUCCGAGAGAGAAAAAACCAGGAUAUUAAUGGCUGAAAACCCCGUUAUCAGAAUUGUAGUUCCUCCUCAAAAAGCUUCAGAAUACCUUACUCAGAGCGGUACGUUUAGGUUUGAUGAUCUGUGCGUGAACCGCAAUGGACUUCUAAUUGGCCGGCGAAGCGAAACUGAAACUGGAACUAGGCAACUGAGAAGCCCAUUCCUGAAGGACCUCCGGUUGAACUAGAAUCAAAGGAAGAGGCACCAACCCCGAAAAGAAAAUCUAAUGUACUCAUAGUUUCCUCGUUUUGUCAUAUGAUUCUCUUUCUCUAUUUACGAACUUCAAACAUCUGAUUGUACAGUCUUUGGGAAAUCAACCUGGCUUGGAGGGUGAAAAAACUACUGCUUCCAUGCCGAAUCCUCAGAUAGAACAAGCGACUCCUUCAACAUCAUCGAUGAAUAAAUACAUGGGUUCUGGGGUAAGAGUUUCGUCCAAGAGAAAGGAUAAAGAGGUGACAAAUGAACCAGAAAAAGUAGACUCGUUGCCUCCCAAGAAAUCUUUGUCGGUUGUUCAGUCUGAGAGUGUCCAAUCUAUAGGCACUCUCGAUAUCUUAGUGGAUCCGUUUCCGGCGUCGAUCCUUCCUGAAAAUUCGGCUCCAUUGUUCUUGAGGACGGAGAAUACAACUGUCCAAGCCACUGAUUCUUCUGUCUCUCAGUCAAAUUCUUCACUGGCAGCCGAUCUUUCUAAAAUAGAAGACGACGAGGCCUUUUUUCAACAGAUCCUUCUGUCCUUGUCUCAACCGGAGCCUGGCAUUCCUACAGCUCCCUGUUCUUCGGUCUUAGCUAACUCGAGCGAAGUUCCCGUUGGGACACAAGUGUUGAAUGCCCUGGAUAUUAUCAGGCAGAUUUCGGAACGAGGGGACGAUGUCUUCACUAUUCCCCAAUUGUUUGGCCGAUUUGUUGACAACCUGGAGACUGUAGUUCGUUAUGAUGGCGGCGGCCAGAUGGACGUUCAUCGUUUGACGAUCGUCAAGAGAAUAGCUCGAGACAUUCAGAGCUUGAAAACUGAUUUCGAUGCCCCUUCCGCUUUUGGGAUAUCCUUAGAUCGAAAGGAGAUGCAGAAGAAAGACUUGCAUGUUCAGUGCAAGUCAACUAUCCAGGCUGGGCUGGCCAAGACGAUGGAGCGGAAAGCUGUCUCCGACAAAGUCAUAGAGCUCGAAGCUAGACUAGCCGAAAUGAAAGUGAAGGAGAUGGCACUUAAGGCUGAAGUCAACAGUUUAAAAGACGAGGUAAAGGCCCAACAAGAAAACCUCCGCUCACUGGCAUCCUCGAUUUCAGCAGAUGAGAAAGAACAAGAAAGGCUACUUAAGAAAAAAGAAUUCGCCCGUCAAGCACUGCUGGACUUUAGUUCCAGUAUCUUCCCGUCCGAUGAGGCUCCUCGUUAAUAUUAUCUCUUUUUUUUUUUUUUU